GCUUAACCACCAGGUGAACAAUAUCACAGUUCAGUUAUCUUGUUUUGAGUGUAUGGUUACAACAAACAUUUUUUGUGGGAAACAAAAAGAAAAUUUUGUCCGAUACUGGAGCCCCGUAUCAAAAAAAAUAUAAUCGAAUUUUCAAAAUUUUUGAAAAAUUGUGACAGUUAUUAGUGUGACAGGUGGAAAAUAAACAAAUGUACAAUGUCAACUGACAGGUUUCAUAAAGCUGCUAAAGAUGGCAUGAUAGAAGUGUUAAAAGAAGCAACAAAAAGAGACUGCAAUGGACGAGACGAACAGGGGAUGACUCCGACCCUGUAUGCCGCAUUUCAUGGAAAUUUGGAAGCGCUUAGGUUAUUAUGUGGACGAGGGGGAGAUCCAGACAAAGCCGACCUCUUCGGAAACACAGCAUUGCAUUUAGCAGCAGCACAGGGUCACAAACACAUCGUCACUUUUCUAGUCAAUUUUGGAGCAAAUAUUUAUUCAACGGAUAUAGAUGGUCGCACAGCACAGGAAUUAGCCGGUAUGAACAAUCGCGACGACAUUCUCAGGUUCUUAGAUGGUGUUCAUGCAAAACUAGAAGCAGGAGAUAAGAAAAAAACCAAAACACUUAGAGAUAAAGCCAAAAAAGACUCGGAAAAAUGUAUCAAAAAAUUCAACAAACGACAAGUGAAAAAAGAAAAAGACCAAGAAAAAUUAGAACAACGGAAGAUUAAAGCACCAAGGCCGUCAGUGAUAGAAACUUUAAAGACUAGGAUUAAAAGUGGGUCUAUGACAAAUUUAGCUAAUCUGGGGCCCGCACCACCUAGGAACUCGUUCAGUGCCAUCGUGGGUAAUGGAACGGUUUCAGGGGCCAGAAAUAUGGGAUCAGUGCAAAGAAGAAUUCUUGCGGGACGGACGAGUCGUGCUACAUUUGACGAUGACUUUAAGAUUAGUGAAAUCGAGGAUGGUCAACGUUCAGUACGAUCACUCAAAGGAUACCGACGAGAUUCUGAGGUACUCUAUGCUGGCACCAUUGACUCAAAGGCAGGUCAGCGCCUUGAAUCGGUGUUCAAUAAAGAUGAGUACAUUGUUGAAUCACCACCACCGCCGCCAAGUAAUGGCUUAACAAGGUCUAUUUCUCAGCCCGAUUUUAUGCACGAGCUGGAAACGAAUGGCGACAAAAUGCACCAAGAACCAGCGAGUAUAUUUGUUAGACCUGGUAUUGGAAGUCUAGCCUUUAGGAAAAGUAUAACAAACACAUUCCAAGGCUUCUAUGGCGGCGAUGGUACAAACGAAGAGAGUUCUAUAGGUUCAGGAGAAAGUUAUGGCCUUAGAACAAACAACCUCUCUACCGAAGAUGAAUUGUCAGAAUCAGAGUCCAGCGAAGAUGAGAAUCCAAAUGGGCCUCUGGAACGGUUUCUGACAGCUUUCGGAUUAGGAGAAUAUCUACCACGAUUCGAAGAACAAAAAAUAGAUUUAGUUACCUUAAUGAUGCUUUCAGAGAACGAUCUUAAAACUCUUGGCUUGCCACUAGGGCCACACAUAAGGCUCGUUAAGGCAAUUAAUGAUCGAAAAGCGGCCCUUGAAAAUCCUGGUGAAGUUGUUGACAGUAUGUUGUAAAUAUUUCGGGCUUGUUGUUUGCGUCUACUAUAAGUAUUAUUGGCCUACUUUUGUGUUGAUGUGGCACUUUUGUAUAAAAUAUUUAAUUUUGUGCCAGUAUUCAUUAGGUAUACAUAAGUAAGACUACACAACGGUACCUCUACAAAAUAUACUUAUUUAUGAAUUUGUAUUUAAAUUUAUGAUAAAUAAAUGUAUAUAAUAUGACCCAAUACAAA